UCAUGAUAAUGCCAUAGUACUUUUUGUAAGUAUGAAGUUUUAUCUUCAUGUUUUGUACUGCUUUAUUUUUUAAUGAAACUGUUUUGUUUAUCUACGAUAAAGACUAAAAUGUUUGUAAUGUUGUAAAAUAAUCACAGCUACCAAAAUGAGUACAGUAUUACAAUAUAAUCAGAAAGAAACUAAGUUAUACCUAACCCUUAAGAAACAGUAGUCCUGAGGAUUUGGUAAUUUCAUAUAAUAUUAUUUACUUAUAUUAUGUCAGUUAAUGUCAUUUGAAAUAGUAAAAUAGCCCUUUUGUGCUGGCCAUUGCAAUUUUUUCAUUUGUACACAGAUGUAUGUGUGUAUAUAUAGCCAUUGUAUUGCUGAAAACCAAAUGCAAAACCAAAGGCUUGCCAAUGCACUCCGUCAUCGAUAGAGUGUGACUGAAGCCACAAAAUUUGAGUUUGGUUCUUCAUUUCUCGGUAUGUGUGAACUGCAGACUUUCCACAGAGCUGUCACAACUUCAUCCUUGAUGACCAGAAAAACAGUACAGGUUAUAGAUAUGACACUCCUGCUACUUCUGGUCAUGGUCCAUGGAAUGGUGGGAAAUACACAUUCAGAAAGCGAUAGACAAAAUUCACAAUCCAACGUUCAUCCAAGUUCAAAAAAUCCCAGCUCUCCCCCUUAUCCACCACCUAAGUCUGAUGCAUCCAAGAUCAACUGUUGUAAAAAGGAAGUGGACAACCUCAGAGCUGUUUGUGUCUCAAACAAUAAGCACUCAAUAAUGAACAUUCCAAGUAUUACAAAUGAGUGCCCGAAAAUGUUACAAAGUGAAACAGCUUUGAAAACCUACAACAGAGCGGAGAGAGAAUUCAUAAACAGAAUUUUGGAAAAUACUAAUUAUUCGACUGACUACAAUUUUGGGAGUAUCACUUUGACUGUGGUUGAGAAGAACCUAACAAAGUGUUUUCCCCCAAUCACUGAUGGAAAAGAGGAUUUCCAAAAUAACCAUGAGGCCAAGCAGAAAGUUGAAGUAGCCUUUUACGAUUCCUUUCACCAGUGUGAUGUGUCUAAGACAGCUCCAACAAUACAGACAUUGAUCCCAGUGGAGGUCUUCCAAAAUGUAUCUGAAGCCAAGCAGAAAGUUGGAAUAGUUAUUUACAGCUCCAGUCAGCAGUUUAAUCUAAGAAAUGUGUCUAUAAUGUCCAGUGUCAUACGGGUUGAAGUUUUUGAUCGUGACAUUGUGAAUUUGACCAAUCCACUCAUAAUGCAUUUUCCAGUGAAUAACUACACAAACCACUCAACCAAAAGCUACAUAUACUCCUGUCAAUACUAUGUUGAACAAGAAUAUGCAGGAAGCAACACCUGGAAAACAGACGGCUGUAACACCACUCAGAUCAGUGAUGGUGUUGUGAAGUGCUCCUGUGACCACAUGACCCCAUUUGCUGUGCUUCUGGUUGAGGUGAAUAACAUUGAUGGACAGCAAUGGGAAAUCUUGUCAUAUAUCAGCUAUGUAGGCUGCAGUCUGUCUGCGGUCUUUUCUGCUUCUUCUAUCUUGACGUUCAUUUUCAACAGGAAUGCAAGAGCAGAAGUGUCCAGCAGCAUUCACGUGUCUCUGAGUAGCGCUUUGUUUCUCCUCAACAUGAGCUUUAUGUUCAGUGAGUGGGCCGCUACAUGGACAGUGAAAGAAGUGUGUGUGUUUACUGCUGUGACUAUACACUACAGCCUGCUGUGUUCUUUCACAUGGAUGGCUAUUGAAGCCUUGCACCUCUACCUUCUUCUGGCCAGAGUCUUCAACAUUUACAUCAAAUACUACAUGGUCAAGUUGUCCCUGAUCGGAUGGGGUGUCCCUGCUGUUCUUGUUGGAUGUUUGCUGUCAAUUCAGCAACUCACCCAUCCAUUUUAUGGCUAUAAAAAUGUGACUUUAUCAAAUUCAAAUGCAGCCAGUCUAGUUUGCUGGAUCACAGAGCCUCUCAUCCUGUACGGCGUGAACCUUUGCUACUUCACCAUCGUAUUCCUGUUCAACACAAUAGUUCUAAUCACAGUGUCCAGACAGAUUUUUAAGCUAAAGAAAGUGGAUAACAAGCAUAAGAAAAUACCAGUGAAGGAUGCCAGCACAGUGCUAGGCUUCAUGUGUCUGCUGGGUACAUCAUGGGGUCUGGUUUUUCUUGGCUCUGGAUAUACCAGCUAUCCAAUACUCUAUGUAUUCUGCAUUUCAAACACAAUGCAAGGGUUUUCUAUCUUUCUGUGGAUGUGUCGGACAACAAGGCCAGAAAAACAGAAUGCGGCUCAUACCAAGUCUUUAUCCACUGUGGAUACUUACACCAUUGAAAAACAAAAGGAAUAAAUGGCAGAUAAAAAUAACUGGAAGUAAAUAACACUGCUAGCCUUCCAAAUUCAAAUUACAUAUGAAGGUACCUACUUUUAUGUUAAAAGUAGAGUGAAUACAGUGAACUGUUUUAAGGGGACAGCCAAUUGUAGUGGUUUCUAAAACCACAGUGGACAUUAUUGAGUAUGCUCAUUCAAUCCCAAAAUCCACCGCAAUGACAAGUGUACCACCGAUAUACACUCAGUGGUUAGAGAAUACCUGUAAUGCAAUGGGAAGGCCCUG